AUGCUGUUUCUCAAGAGAGAGUUACGCUCAAACUUAGAAAUUCUACGACCUAAUAUUCAAGACAUUGUUGAAAAACAUACAAGAGGCGAUAAGUUCGAAGUUAAGAGCAGAAGUUUUGAAGAAGGCCAAAAGGUUGCUGUAAGGAACUAUGCCAAUCCAAACAAAAAAUGGUUGGUAGGGCGAGUAGUAAGCCGUGAUGGUGAACUUAAUUACACUGUCUCAGUCAACAACAAUUUGUGGAGAAGACAUGCUGAUCAAAUUAGGUCUGUUGGAAGUGAUGUACAAGAAACAGUAGAGCCAAUUUACAAUACACCCAGAAUCGGUAGUGAUUCCAACCUACAAAAAGAUGCCAGCCCAUCAGUACCACUUGCCCAAGAAAAGCCUCAAGUAAAGGAAUUAAGUUUUCAAGAAGCUGUGCCCGCAACUACAUGUGACACAGUCAGAAGUACCUCGGCCGAGUACCAUGUUCCAAGUACUACAGCCUCGACACCUGUUCUCCGGCGGUCUUCCAAGAUUCGGAAACCGCCCCAGAAGAUGAAUCCUUAA